GUUUAAAGCCAAUAGUAGACUGUCUCUCACGCGCUUGUGGUUGAGAGUUGUGUUCGCAGUUCCAACAACAUUAAGAAAAUAUAAAAAUAGUAGUAGUCCUUCUCUUUCCACUUUGCCAGUCACUCUUUCUAAUCUCUCCGUUGUUAGUUUCAGGCAGCUUCUUUCUAGCUGAGAUCCAAUUUCCAAGGGCGGCGAAGUAGAAAACGCCGUCGUUUUGAUUUCUUUUCUUACACUGAACUUUCUAUAAGGCACCCAAAAGAGAAGAAAAAGAUUAAAAAAAAAAAAAAAAGAGAGAGGAGCUUUGUACAAAAAUGUUAGCAGUAAAGCCCACCACCACUUCUGUGAGGUCAAAAUUUCUCUCAGAUAACCGGCAAAAUCCGGCGAUCUCCGGUGCCGGGAAAAAUGGCAGGAUCCGAAAGACCCAUAUUCCCGCUUUAGGGUCGAGGGUCGAAGGGAGUGGAUCGAUCCGAGCUGUGAUUAGUAAGGGUGACAAGACUGUGGAAACUUCUAGUUCUAGUACUAGUCCUUUGAAAGGCAAAGAUGUCAGUGGGAUUUUUCCCUCUUCUUCUUCUUCUUCUUCGAAGUCAGGAGGGAUAGAAGUGACAGCAGUGGUGACGAUCAGGAAGAAAAUGAAGGAAAAGAUUACAGAGAAGAUGGAGGAUCAGUGGGAGUUCUUCAUCAAUGGGAUUGGUCAGGGGAUUCUGAUUCAACUUAUCAGUGAGGAAAUCGACCCUGUUACAAACUCAGGGAAGAUUGUUAAGUCCUCUGUGAGAGGGUGGUUGCCAAAGCCAUCGAAUCUUUCUCAUAUUGUUGAAUUUGCUGCUAAUUUUACUGUCCCAGUUGAUUUUGGAAACCCUGGAGCUAUCCUUGUUACCAAUCUUCAUGGUAAAGAAUUCUACUUGUUGGAGAUUGUCAUUCAUGGUUUUGAUGGAGGCCCUUUUUUCUUCCCUGCUAAUACAUGGAUCCACUCUCGCAAAGAUAAUCCUGAAAGUAGAAUUAUCUUCAAAAAUCAAGCCUACUUGCCUUCACAAACACCAGCUGGUCUUAAAGAUCUGCGACGGGAGGACUUACUGAGCAUUAGGGGUAACGGGAAAGGCGAAAGAAAGCCUCACGAUAGGAUUUAUGAUUAUGAUGUUUAUAAUGAUUUGGGGAAUCCAGAUAAAGAUGAUGAUCUUGCUAGGCCUGUCAUUGGGGGCGAAGAGAGGCCUUAUCCUAGGCGGUGUCGAACAGGCCGACCACCAUCCAAAUCAGAUCCACAUUCGGAGAGCAGAGUUGAAAAGCCUCAUCCAGUUUAUGUACCAAGGGAUGAAACUUUUGAAGAGAUUAAGCAAAAUACUUUCUCAGCUGGAAGGUUGAAAGCCCUGCUUCACAAUCUCAUACCAUCUCUUGCUGCUUCAUUGUCAAGCUCCGACAUACCCUUCAAGUGCUUUUCCGAUAUUGAUAAGCUAUACAAUGAUGGUUUGCUCUUGAAGGAUGAUGAGCCGAAUGAAAUUGAUAGAAUUCCAUUUGCAGGCAAUUUGAUGAAACAGAUUCUCACUGUUGGUGAGAGGUUGCUGAAAUAUGAAAUCCCGGCUGUCAUAAAAAGAGACAGAUUUGCUUGGUUGCGGGACAAUGAGUUUGCACGCCAGACUUUAGCCGGUGUCAAUCCAGUGAACAUUGAGAUUUUGAAGGAGUUUCCAAUUCUUAGCAAACUAGAUCCUGCUGUUUAUGGUCCCCCGGAAUCUGCUAUCACUAAGGAAUUGAUGGAACAAGAACUGAACGGUUUGAGUGUAGAAAAGGCUAUCGAGGACAAGAGACUGUUCAUACUUGACUACCAUGACAUGCUUUUGCCAUUUAUUGAGAAAAUGAACUCCUUACCUGGGAAAAAAGCUUAUGCCUCUAGGACUAUUUUAUUCUAUACACAUAAUGGUGUUCUAAGGCCCAUAGCUAUUGAACUUUCACUUCCUCCAACACCUUCUUCGCCUCAAUUCAAACGUGUUUAUACGCGUGGUCAUGAUGCUACUACUCAUUGGGUUUGGAAGCUAGCCAAAGCUCAUGUUUGCUCAGUCGAUGCUGGAAUUCAUCAAUUAGUAAAUCACUGGUUGAGGACUCAUGCUUGCAUGGAGCCUUAUAUACUUGCAAGUCAUAGACAACUAAGUUCAAUGCAUCCCAUCUUCAAGUUACUUCACCCCCAUAUGCGCUAUACAUUAGAAAUCAACGCGCUGGCACGACAAAGUUUAAUAAAUGGAGGGGGAAUAAUCGAGGCUUCUUUCAGUCCAGGAAAGUAUGCCAUGGAGGUAAGCUCUGCAGCCUACAAGAGUAUGUGGCGGUUUGAUAUGGAGGCCUUGCCAGCAGAUCUUCUCCGUAGGGGUAUGGCUGUGGAGGAUCCCUCAAUGCCUUGUGGUGUGAAACUUGUGAUCGAAGACUACCCUUAUGCUGCAGAUGGGAUACUUAUAUGGUCGGCCAUAAAAGAAUAUGUAGAAUCCUAUGUGCAACAUUUCUACUCUAAGCCAAACUCUGUAAAGUCUGAUGUUGAGCUCCAAGCCUGGUGGCAUGAGAUUAAGAACAAGGGUCACCCCGAUAAACAGGAUGAACCUUGGUGGCCUAAACUUGACACUAAAGAGGACUUGUCUGGCAUACUUACCACUAUGAUUUGGGUUGCUUCAGGUCAGCAUGCUGCUAUUAACUUCGGACAGUACCCAUUUGGCGGAUAUGUGCCAAACCGUCCUACCCUUAUGAGAAAAUUUAUUCCACAAGAAAAUGAACCAGAUUAUGAAAAGUUUAUGCUAAACCCACAGAAGACUUUUCUCUCUUCCUUGCCAACCCAACUUCAAGCCACCAAAAUAAUGGCCGUUCAAGACACCCUUUCAACUCACUCUCCCGACGAAGAGUAUUUGGGUCAGGUAAGUCAGCUGCAUACCCAUUGGAUAAAUGACCAAGAAAUUCUGAAGUUGUUCAACAAAUUUUCUACUACGUUAGAGGAAAUAGAGGAGACGAUUAAUAAGAGAAACAAAGAUAUCCAUCUUAAAAACAGAAGCGGUGCUGGUGUACCACCCUACGAAUUGCUACUUCCUUCAUCAGGCCCUGGUGUUACUGGUCGGGGAAUUCCAAACAGCAUUUCUAUAUGAUGGUUUUAGCUGGUUCGAUUGUCAUAUGAGCAAAUGUUCCAUCAGGGCACAGAUCGCCUUCUUUCUUUGUCAAAAUUCUGUAGAGUAACGGAAGUAUCAAUCUUGUAGUGAUACUAAAUCGAUAGCUACACAAAUUUUAGUGUGUUUUACAUGUUCUGUAGAGCUUUGUAAUAUAGAUGUAUGAUGCUAUGAACUACACGGAUUAUACCAGGACUCGUUAAUCUACAAAUAAAAAAAACCUGAAAUGCUUAUCUAGUA